AUGUCGUCUUUCUUCAGAUCACUAGGGUUGAUGCAGCAGCCAGCCCAGGGACCCCCGGCUAUGCAGCCAGCCCAGGGACCCCAGCUUGUGCAGCCGACGCAGGCACCACAGCCGACAACUGUUGCUAACCAGACGCCCUCGUCGUCGAUGAUAUCGACUUUGUCCACCCCUUUUGCCACCCCUAUGUCAACAACGCCUGCAGCCACAGUGGCAACACGUCAACGAAGGCCGGCGCCGCCCCCAAUAAAUCUUGUCAAGGCCGAGCUGCUCCGGUUGAGGGAGGAGAACCGGCGACUCCGGGAAGAGAACCGGGAGAUUAAGGAGGAGAACCGCAAGAUUAAGGAGGAAAACAGGAGACUGAAGUGUACAGGGUGUCCCGUUGACUUUGGCGGCACCAUCCACUUCGGCAGCACCCUCUACUUCGGGGGCACCCUCCACGUCGGCGACGGUGACUUCAGGCACUUUGGCGACACAGAGGGGUCCAAAUGUGAGUAUACUAUGAAGAUAAUUCUCAUUGACAGUACGCAGACACAAAAUAAUAUCCAAGACCAACUGCGCAGACAGAGAACACUCAACCAGCAGCGGCAAAGACUGCAGCAACAGCACCAACAGAGACAACAGGAACAAAGAGAGAGACUGCAGCGACUUGCGAGGGAAAGACAACAGCAGCCCUACCAGGAGCCGUUGCGCGUUUUGGACGAGGCACAGGGGACUUCGAGAAGAGGCCGUGUGCGCAAGCCGGCAGGAAUGGUGCAAAUGACGCUAGGAGGAGGAAUGACGACAACCAAUGGUCUCUCCAUCAACCAUACAGCAAUCUAUUCCUCCUUCAAAGACAGCGACCACGUCAACCUGGUGUCACCUCUCCAGAUGCAGUUUGAUGACAAGCUACCUUCUCCAAAACCUCUGCCAAUCACACCCCUUAAUGUGCAGGAAUUGAUACCCUCUGAUAUACUCGACAUGUCCGUGGUAAAUUGA